GCCCACAAUGACACAGGCCACUGGUGAGCUGAGCACCUUAUCAUCGAGUCAGUGCACAAGUCGACCAGAACGUGUCUUUACCCGACAGGACAACGAGAAGGUGAACAAAACAGAUUAACUGGUGGUGGGACACCGAGGAGAGUUUGAUAUGUGCACCUCCAACUGGGGAGAUGAUCUGGAAUUUAACACAUCUGAGAGAAAAUAACUAUGUGAAGAAACAACCCACCAGUGAUUAGGAAACAGUAUGGGGGAGGAGAGUGGUUAAAACCUUAGAGAGAGAGAGAGAGAGAGAGAGAGAGAGAGAGAGAGAGAGAGAGAGAGAGAGAGAGAGAGAGAGAGAGAGAGAGAGGGCGGGUGCGUAAGGUGCGACUGUGCCUGUGUGUCAGGUGUGUGCGUUAUUGCUGGUAACCAGGCAGGGACGGACUCAAUCUCAUGGGGAUGUGGGGGAAAGUGACUCAAUACAACCGGAGAGAGAUAUCACAUAGAGACCAGACUAACGAACCAGUUUGGCUCAGACGUACGACAGGAUCUGCUCCUGCUGAUAACGCUGCUGUUGCUGCUCAUGAUGGGAAUGACUUGUGUUCUUUGUCGUACUCUGGAUGGAUGAUAACAAGACAUGUGGAAUAUCUGUUGUGGUGACACAAUGUUUGGAACAGGCGUCUGAUGUCGGUUUACUUCUUCCUCGUACGGACUACAGACUGAACUGCCUCUAAGGAGUUGUAUCUGUGGUGGUGCUUUCUGGAUACGGUGAAGUGGGGCUAUUAUGUGGCAGCUUGAAGGGGCAAAAUGCAGCUUCCUGUUUUGCCUGGGAAUGAGUAUUAUUAUUUGUUCCGUCAUUUACUUGAGGGCCAGUAUACCGACAGCACCCAAGCCUUCAGAGCCUUCAAGUUGCAGGCCCUUUUCCACUGAAUGUAAAGCUGUUCUGCCCGGCACUGAGAUAGGAGUCGAAUGGCUCCGCCGUGACUGCCAGGUGGAAAGCUAUAUCCUGAAUAGCCACCUGCAGUGUUCCAAUUUGACCAGAGAGCUGCACUUCAUCACAAGACCUCUGAGCCGUGAGGAGGAAGACUACCCUUUAGCAUUCAUUUUGACUGUUCACAAAGAGCUGGAGGUUUUUGUGCGCCUGCUGCGGGCCAUUUACAUGCCACAGAAUGUCUACUGUAUUCACGUGGAUGCUAAGGCUCCAUGGGAGUACCAGGAGGCUAUACGGAAGCUAGUCAGCUGCUUUCAAAACACUUUCCUCUCCAGCCACAGCGAGACAGUGACCUACGCUGGGUUUUCCCGUCUGCAAGCAGAUGUGAACUGCAUGAGGGAUCUUGCAAAGUCCAAGAUAGGCUGGAGGAAGGUGGUGAAUCUGUGUGGACAGGAUUUCCCUGUCAAAAGCAACCUGGAACUGGUGCAGUACAUGCAGAGCAAAGAGUGGAGGGACAGAAACAUGACGCCUGGGGUGAAGCAGCCGGUGUCUAUGAGGCACAGGACAGAGCUCGAGCACAUUGAGAUCACAGGCUCACAUGUUGUUCUGAAAGGGAUGGGGCUGAAGAAAGGUCCUCCUCCACACAAUCUGCAAGUUUACUUUGGAACAGCCUACUAUGCUCUCACGAGGCCCUUUGUCGAUUUUGUUCUAAAAAGCCCAAUAGCUCGGGAUCUCUUGGAGUGGUCCAUAGACACGUUCAGCCCAGACGAGCACUACUGGGUGACACUCAACCACGUCAAAGAAGCUCCAGGCAGCCACAUAAAUGGAGAUUGGGAAGGAGACAUCCGGGCAAUCAAGUGGAAGGAUCAAGAGGGGAAUACACAUAAUGGCUGCAAAGGGCACUAUGUACGAGACAUCUGUAUCUAUGGAAUGGAGGACCUGCCUUGGAUCAUUGAAAGGAACAGCAUGUUUGCCAAUAAGUUUGAGAGAGACACCUUUCCUGAGGUGCUGGACUGUCUGGAGCAGUGGCACAGAAACAAGGUGCUCAGCCAGUCGACUGUUCCCAUAGAGCCAUCAUGGCUGCUGGCUACACAGAGCAACUCAAGCAGCAGCAGCUACUUUAACAGCAGUGCUCGAGCAUGACAUCGCUGUUGACAUCCUCGUCAAAAGACUGGUUACAUUGCAGUUCAGAUGAUUUGCAAUUCCAAAAGGUGUGAGCAGGAAAAUACUGCGCUGAGAACAACGGGAUGAUGCACUGUACAUGCCCUAAGUCUGUAGCAUGACUACUGUUCAUUGAUAUAUUUGCCUAUAUAUUAUUUUUAUAACCAGGGGAUAAUUUAUAUAUAUCAGAGAAUUGAAAUCUCUUUGCUGUACCGUCAUGCAUUCAGAGCAAGUGUACGACUCCUUAUAAGAAACAUGCAAGUCAAAAAAUAAUACCAUUUGGGACAACUAGAAGACACAAAGUAUUGAAUAAACCACUGUAUAUAGACUUAAUAUUGUUUAAUUGAAUCAAAUAUGCAAUGUUGUUCAAUUCAAUAUUUGUCAGUAUGUUGUCCAGUUUGACAAAGUUAUGUCUGUCAAAUUCUUAUUUAAUGAAUUCAGGAGUUGGUGUAAAGAAAUAAAGACAAAUACAAGAAUAAGCUCUGUUCUCUUUUUCUCUCUUUGCUUCAUACUAAUGUUCACUUUAAUGUGUGCAACUUAUGUCUGAGUGAUUGUGGAGGUUAUAUCCCUGAGUAUAUUGUGUUUAAAAAAUAAAUAAAGAGUAAGAGUUGUUUCUUUCCAAAAUACUUUACAAAGCUACUCAAUUCAAAAGGUAAUUUAAAUAGUUUUCUUCAAAAUUAAGGUCAGUUGUAUUUCUUAAUACAACUCGUUUUCGACCAGGAGCACUGUGGUUUCAGAAUCUGUUCCGUGCAAAGUCAAAAAACUGAUCUGUGCUGAUAUACUUUCACGUCAACAGAUAAAACUAUGGUGACUCUAUAUCCUUUACACUGCCCUUAUUCAAAAUUGUGUCACUGUCACAGAGUGGUUGAAAAGAGAGACAGACAUUUACCUGUACCCAUGACUAUAGACAUAUAAUUUGACUACUACAGCUUUUAGUUUAAAUGUUCAUUUCAAGUGUAACCUGUGUGGUUGAAAUUUAUC